GAAACGAAGACUGCAUCAGCGACUGCAAUGCCCUCUGCGCAGCGAUCCCGCGCUUUGCCUGUGCUGCUGCUGUUGCUGUCAGCCACCGCGUUACACGUGACAGGAGCGCCGUGUUCCAGCCCCGGCGGUGACACCUUAGAAAUCUCCGGAGACGAACUCCCCGACGCCCUCAAAACCUCUGCAUCCACAAAAUGGAAACCGCUGACCUAUCUGCUAAUUUGCGAGGUCAACAGCCUAUGCGACCAGUUCGUCGAAGAGUUUGGUGUACCAAAAGACAGCGUGUCUGAUUUUAAGCCUGACCAGCUGGAGCUGCCGCGGGACUGCUCUUCCCCAAACUUCAGCAAGGAGAACUACUUGUUGCGCAUCUCCAGGGGACUGGAGCGGCACAUGGUGUACUUGCAGUUCGUGGAGCGGGAGUGCUCAAAGCCCGGCAAAGUUUCUCACAUUAGGUUGCGAACGAAGGCGCUGGCUGAUCACGUCAUGGAGCUGAUGAACAAUUCAAAGCGCGCGCAGGGGUUGAACUCGGAAGUGCGCGACCAGCUGCUGAGCAACUUGAACGCAGCCACCGCGUGGCAGAAGAAAAUUACGGUGCCCGUGCUUCUGCGGGACUACCGGACCUUCUUGGAGAACACCUUAAGAGCGUUGCGUUGCAUAGAGGAUCGCGCAAGGAAGAAGAACGGGCCGAAUGCGUAA